CCGUCUCUGGAGUCUGAUCUCUCUCUCUCUCGUACGUGGAGCCAUUCAACUAGGAACAAAUGAAGCAGAAAGUAGUCAAAGCCGCGCGGCAGCAAAAGCAAUAUGCCACAUUUGACGGUCAUUCUAGUUGGACGCAAUAAGACGAGUGUCGAGGGUUUUCAGCUCCUAUCGCACAAUUUCCAGAGUUGUGAUUCAGAAUGAAUACAAGGCGUCCUCCUCCCGAUCCAGUUGCAGUUCUGAGAGGCCAUCGUGCUUCUGUAAUGGAUGUUUGCUUCCAUCCAACUAAACCUUUACUGUUUACAGGUGCUACUAAUGGUGAGUUGCGGAUUUGGGACACAACCCAACACAGGACACUUUCUUCUUCAUGGGUGCAUACUGCAGCACAUGGGAUCAUUUGCAUUGCUACCAGUCCUUUGAUUGGAAACAACAAAAUUGUCAGCCAAGGUAGGGAUGGAACUGUUAAGUAUUGGGAUAUCGAAGAGGGAGGCCUUCUCAGGACACCUUCAGUUACUAUCAAAACAAAUUCUUACCAUUUCUGCAAACUUUCAUUAGUGAAGACACCAAGUCAUUGUUUGGUGCAAACCCAAGCUGAUAUCUCCCCUAUUGAUGUACCUGUUGAGCAACUAAGUAAUAAAGUACUCAAAGAAUGUAAGGAUGAUGAUAUGGAAGCACGACAAACUUCUAGUGUGGAAGUUCUAGAUGGUAUUAAAAGUGAAAGUAUUGAAGGAGGUCAAACUGAGAGCAUUUUUCAAAUGAAAGAUUCUACUGAAGGAUCAAAAUUUGUGGCUGUAGCAGGGGAACAACCUUCUCAGGUUGAGAUUUGGGAUCUCAAUACUGCAGAAAGAUUAGCAUGCUUGCCUCAGAUUUGUAAUGAGGACUCCCUGAAUCGUUCAACAAAGUCAAGAGGAAUGUGUAUGGCUGUUCAAGCUUUUCUACCAUCAGAAUAUCAGAGUUUCCUAAAUGUUUUGGCUGGUUAUGAAGAUGGAAGCAUCGCCUGGUGGGACAUGAGAAAUCCUGCUAUCCCAUUAACUUCUGUGAAAUUUCAUUCAGAGCCAGUGUUAAGCCUAACAGUUGAUUCACCAUGCACUGGUGGUAUCUCUGGAGCUGCAGAUGACAAAAUUGUGCUAUUUACUCUGGAUCAUCAGAUGGGUUCUUGUCAAGUCAAAAAGGAAAUUGCUCUGGAUCGGCCUGGCAUAGCUGGCACCUCAAUUCGUACAGAUGGCAAAAUUGUUGCUACUGCUGGUUGGGAUCACAGAAUACGGAUAUAUAAUUAUCACAAAGGAAAUGCUUUAGCAAUAUUGAAGUAUCACAGUGCUAUGAUGACAAAUCGGGAUUUGGGUUUUUCUAUAUCUCCUCUUUUGGAUUCUGAAAAAAAAGCCAAUCUUGUGGUUACAGAUCGAGGUUUAGUUGUGCAGUUCUCUUUCUUUCUGCACAUAAGCAUGAUGUGUUAAAUUUAUAUAAUGUAUAUAUAUUUGGUUAAAGUUCUUUGAAUUUGGAAGAUGUUUUACUUUUUGGCAGAUGUUGUAGACUUGUAGUCAUUUCUUAAAAAGGUCAUGAUAGACAAGUGUAAAUGUGUGCUUUGCAUCUUUCAUUGAUUUACUAUUAACGAGAGCCAUGCUUUUGAGGCUUUAGAGAA